UUGAGGUCCCGCUCCGAAAAUCCCAACAGUAGCAUAGAUUCCACCUCUUCGUUUCACCCUCUUCCCCAGCUAGUGGGGGCUCGCCCCGGUACUAGCCGUCUUUCCAUUCCCAGGGCCCUCGCGAGUCUGGGAGGCAGGGCCAGAGCUGAGAGAGCAGCGGCAGGAGAGGGGCGGCAGGAUGAACGUGGGCACGGCGCACAGUGAGGUGAACCCCAACACGCGGGUGAUGAACAGCCGCGGCAUCUGGCUGUCCUAUGUGUUGGCCAUCGGGCUUCUCCACGUCGUGCUGCUCAGCAUCCCCUUUGUCAGCGUGCCUGUCGUCUGGACCCUUACCAACCUCAUCCACAACACGGGCAUGUACAUCUUCCUGCACACGGUGAAGGGGACACCCUUCGAGACUCCGGACCAGGGCAAGGCGAGGUUGCUAACGCACUGGGAGCAGAUGGACUACGGGGUCCAGUUCACAGCCUCUCGGAAGUUCCUAACCAUCACACCCAUCGUGCUGUACUUCCUCACCAGCUUCUAUACCAAGUAUGACCAGAUCCAUUUCGUCCUCAACACCGUGUCCUUGAUGAGUGUGCUCAUCCCCAAACUGCCCCAGCUCCACGGGGUCCGGAUUUUUGGAAUCAAUAAGUACUGAGGGCGCAGCCCCUUCCCCUGCCUGGCUGGCGCGGGAGGGGCCGGAGCCUGUGCUGCCAAGCCGAAGACGGAAGGAGCCUCUGGAUCCUGCUAGAGCUAGGGCUCGAGCCUCGGGGCCCUCGUUUCCCCCCUCACUUCCCCUGGUAGCCAACUUGGAGUAGCUUGUAGUGGGGUUCGGGUGGGCCCCCCCAGGUCUCUGACCCUUUCUGAUUUUUUUGAUCUUUUCCUUUUGCCUUUUGGAUAGAGACUUCGUGGGGGCAGUCACGGAAUGGGCUGAGCUCCCGGCUGAAGGCAGACCUGUGAGGUUGGGACAAGAGAAACCCCCUGCUCACUUGCUCACCCUCAGACUGCUAAAGCACUUUAACCCCUGCAAGGGGAGCAGGGGGGACGGUACAGCUUCUGGAUGGUUUCACUUUAAUUCUUAAGUCUUCAGGAUGACGGUGUGUGCUCGGAUAUAUAAAAGCAAGCACAUGACGGGGCCUCAUCCCUCCGGUAGAGAGCUGUCUGUUGCAAGUCUCAUGCUUUUGGCAGCUCCCCUACAACAGCCCCCCCCCCCCCCGGUACUGGAUUGGAGUGGGGAGGGUAAGGAGAGGGAUGGUGGGGCUGGGUGUGGAUGGCCUGGUCCCAGAGGUGAGGAAGUCGUGUCCACUCUUAUCUUGGCCCUGGUGGCGGUGGGGAGGGCGGUUGGGGCAGGGGUGGGGAUGGUGAAUUGAGACUUAGAAGAAGGGGCCACAUAGCUGCAGAGAUUGGUGUGAGGGAGGAGGAUGGGGAUAGAAGCCAGAGCUAACCUCAGCCUUUGGGAAGUGGUCAGGAUGGGGGCAGGCUCAGAGUUCAUUUCCCCAAGGCAUGGUGGUGAUAAUAGGAUGGGAGGCUGGGGUGAGGGGUGGUUAGAGGUCCUGGGUUAGCAUGAAGGGUGGAGAGGGGUUGAAGAGGCCUGUGAGUCAUCGUUAGCUCGGGUCCAGUUUGACACUGCCUUGUGCGGUGGUGUGAGGGGUGUGGGGAAACUGGGACACGUGGUGAGUGGUAGAGCCCUUCUCAGCCUUCACCUGGUAACCUCCCCAUGCAGACCAGAGCUGGUGCAGGGCCACUUGUGUGGCAUGUACCUGUGGGGCUCUGGGGCCACCCCCAAAUGGGACACAUGGACCACAGAAUGGUCCCUGCCCAAGCAGGAUAGUGGAAGGAGUCAGGAAUGACCUGCGGGCACUGUCUCCUCAGCCUGGGGGCGGGAGAUGUGGGGCAGGAGCCUGAGAGGAGCCGCCUUUCUCCCCUUCCCAAUCUGACCAGGGUCUGUGUUACUUUUGAAAAGGUGUGGGUGUCUGUGCCCCCUCCCAGGGCCCUGAGGGAGGAGGGAAGGUCAUUGGUCCCGUUUCCUGCCUCCUGGUUCCCCCGCUGUAUCACCCCAUGUAUCAUAGGGAACUUUCACCUCAAAAUCUUUCUAAGCAAUGUGUGAAUAGGAUUUUUACUCCCUUUGUACAGUAUUCUGAGAAACGCAAAUAAAGGACAGUGUGUUCCUGUUU